GAUAUUGUGCAUGCAUACAGGUCCUCGGAUCGGAUCCUGUACAACCAGGGGCCUUACAUGAUCCAGCUCGGAUAUCUAGUUGUCAACCCGGAAUACCAGGAUCACCGGUCGAGAUCGAAGGAAAGAACCACAGAAGAAGUCACGUCGAGAGGAGUACGACUCACAUCUGGCGAUCGAACGGGACACAACGCGAACCACAGCGGCGAGAGAAAGAGAUGAUCGGCCGGCGGUCACUGCAGAGGGUGCAAGAGUGGCGGACGAGGACUAGUAGAGCGCAGACUCAGGGCCUCUCGAGGCUCGCGAGAGACGGGCCUGCGAAGCGGCGCUGGACGAGUUCCUCAUCAUCAUCAUCAUCAUCAUCGACGACGAGAGGGGGGGACAGUCGGAUGGAGAAGAUCUUCCGGACCAUCCAGGCCCGAUACCCGCACAUCUCCGCCAACCAUCUCCCCUCCCUCACCGCCGCCUUCGUCCUCCUCCACGAGCUCACCGCCUUGGUCCCUCUUCUCGCGAUCUUCGGAAUCGUCCAGACGACCGGAACCGGCGCGAAACUCGUCCACUUCAUCCGCCACUCACUCCCUCCUCCUCCCUCUUCUGAUUCCGACUCUUCUUCUGAUCAAGAACCUGCUUCUUCUGUUCCGCAAGACCGUUCCGAUCCAACCCGACAUUCGGCGAUCGCCGGCUCUCUGACCCAAGCCCUGGACGAAAGCGCCGCCAAGGUCUCCAAGCUGGCCGAGAGAUACGGCUACUCAUCUGGCCAAGAGGAGCCGGAGGACGACGAGGCCUGCGACGAAGAGAGUAGAUCGAUGCUCGAGAACGGCGUGCUUGCAAGCGGCUUGGUCGCCUAUCUAUGUGUCAAAAUUUUAUUGCCGAUACGCGUCUCCGUGUCGGUCUAUUUAACCCCAUCGUUAGCCCGGCAGAUCCGCCGAAUGGCCCACUGGGAGCCGAAGAGACCGGCCGAAUAAUCGCCUGCCCUCCCUCCCCCUUGGUUUUUCUUCCGAAAAUGAGCAGGAAUGGGGGGGAUAUGAAAAAAAUCCACGACGGACUGUGAUCGAUCUGUUCCGUCGAUCAUUCAGCGUUCCCGAGACUCGCUCGCUCGCUCUCCGGCUCUGAUGACACUGGACUCUCUUCAGACUGUCUAGUAUAUCACCGACAAGAUCCGAAUGAUCGAUCAACGGGCCUGCGAGCUCCUUUCUCUCUGGGACUAAGAUGAUAUAU